AUGAUUUUCUGGCGGCAGGGUGAGAGCAGCACAGCUGCCAUCCAGGCCCUGGUGCAGCGCAACCAGCAGCGGUACGUCCUGGACGCCUCCCUACUUGACAGUCAGCGGGGAAAGCAGCAGCAGGAGCAGCAGCAGCAGCAGCAGCAGCAGAGGCAGCAGGAGCAGCAGGAGCAGCAGCAGCAAGAGCAGCAGCAGCAGCAGCAGCAGCAGCAGCAGCAGCAGCAGCACGAUGAACAGCACCAGGAGCGGCCCGACGCACCCCCUCUUUUCGUCGUGGGCUAUGCCAUGAAGCCAUCGCGGGAGCAGCAGCUCGCAGACCAAGGCCUCCUGCCCCUCCUGCCAGCGCCCGCCGUGACGCCCUCCGGCGCCCGCUGCUAUGUGUGCUUUGCGCCGCUUGAUCUUGGGCAGCCUCUGGGGCCCCAGGGGCACUGGGACGCAGUCCUCCAUAAGGCGUCGGACGAGCUGGUGGCGACGCCGGGCGCGGGCGGGGCGCCGGAGUGGUCUGCCGCGAUGCAGGGGCUGCAGCGGCAGCUGGAGGGGCGGCCAGACGUGGCGGUGGUGGACCCCUUUGAGGCGGCGGCCAAGGCACUGGAGCUGCCUGAUGGCGCACGGGCGCGCGCCCCGCGGCACCUGUUGGUCGAGUCGCUGGCGGCGCCCGGCCUGCAGCAGCACCUGCAAGCAGCGGGCCUAGAUUCCUGUGCCCUGCUAGUGAAGCCCAUCGCCGCCUGCGGAGUGGCGGGCUCCCACUCAAUGGCCCUCGUGCUGGACGCCACGGCGCUGCCUGCGCUGGGGGCGGCGGGCGGCGGCAUCGGCGGCGGCGGGCUCGGGAGCGUGGCGGUGGUGCAGGAAUUUGUGAACCAUGGCGGGCUGCAGUACAAGGCGUAUGUGAUAGGGGACAAGGUGUUCUAUGCCACCCGCCCCUCCAUCCCCGAUGUGGCACGGCCGACCCCAGAGGAGGUGGCUGCGGCCGCCGCGGCGGGUGGCGAGGCUCUUGAGCGAUUCGUGCUUCGCUUCGACACCCUCACAUCGCUUCCCACUUGGUUGCCCCUGCACAUGGCGGCGGACAGCGGGGGCGGCAAGCCUGGCGCUGUGGCGACAAGCGCAAAGGCGGCUGUUGGUGAUGCGCACAGUGGUGUUCUGUCCAGCCAGCAGGAGCAGGCACAGUGCCAGCAGCAGCAGCAGCAGCAGCAGCAGCAGCAGCAGCAGGCGCGGCACGUGCUGCACCAGGGUGCGCUCGAGGCCGUGGCCAGCUACCUGAGGGAGCGCCUGGGGCUGACGCUGUUCGGCUUCGACAUCGUCGUGGACGGCAAUACUAGGGACUGGCUGGUCGUGGACGUUAACUACUUUCCGAACUACAGGGGCGGCCCGCCCCAGACCGCAGAGUGGUUCAGGGGCCGUUCUGUUGAGGAGCCCUUCAACGAGGGCUCCUACCAGGUCAGGCGUCUAGUGCAGAGGGACCGGAAGGAGCUGCUGGGAAACGCGGCAGACAUCCUGGACAAGUACAAGACGGAGUUUGGCGACGGCGAGGAAGACCAGCCCGCCGCUGCCGCGCCCGCCGCAAGCAGCAGCGCGAGCGCCACUGCCACCAGCAGCAGCCCCAGCAGCAGCAGCCCCUUCGCGCCCAGCAGUGCACCCAGCAGCAGCAGCCCAUUUGCGGCCGGUGCCGCCCCUGCGGCGUCGCCCUUCGGUUCUAGCGGCGCCGCCUCGCCGUUUGGUGCGGCACCCAUGCGUCCCUCGCGGCUGGCAAGUGUAGAGCCCAAGGGCCUGUCGCCUGACAUGAGCCCCGACCCCAUCGUGGCGCCCCCGAAGGACACGCGCAGCUGGCUGGCAAAGAUCACCAUCACUCAAGUGGUGCUCUUCUUCUCCUUCUCCACCAUCAUCGGCAUCAUGAUUGCCACCUUCUUCGUGGUGCUGAACACUGGCGCAGUGCGGCUGGCCGGCCUGGACUGA